AUGGAUACCAUCUUGGUUUUCAGCCUAAUCAUUAUAUUCUGUGAUGUUAGCAAGAAAGAACUCAAAGAUAGCAGCUGCCAUGUGGAACAGCUGCCUGGGCUCUUCCCAAAGGAUGUGAGAAGGGAUGUGCUAAUGCAAAGUAGCGAAUGGGCCCUUCCUGAAAAAUCAUUUUGUCAUUCCAGAUACUCUGUACCUUUAAAAGAGGCCCAUCUCCCCUAUUCUCAGCAGGAUGAAGUUUUCUUGGUUGUCUUUUCAUUGCUUCUUUCUUGUUUUAUAGCUUGUUUACCAGGGACCUCCCAAUGUAAGGUCUAUGAAGUGAUGGGGGCUGCAUCAGAGACUUUUCCCACCACCACCUCCAUAACUCUUGGGAAUAAAGAAGGAGAGAAAACUACAAAUAUUGACGAUUUUUCUAGCCCUUUGAAACAAGAGGAGAAUCUAGAGAAGAGGCAGAAAUGGAGUACUGUGACCAAAUUUCUGAUUGCUGUUACCCUGUUGUUUAGUGGAGUCGCCAUUAUAGUGUUUGCCGUUUUUGAAGUCCUAUGCCCUGGUCAAUGCCAAGGAGCCAGAGAGCUAUGCCAAUGCCAGAGGUUGUGCAGAAAGCAAAGGAAGGAAGGCCAGGAACCUGAGGCAGCUGAAUCCCAGCUUGAAUUUCAACCCAAGAAGGAAAGUGGUCUCUGUAGGGUUUACGUCUUUUGCUGGGAAAAAAUGAGGUUAAUAUACACAUGCUGGGAGACAGGAAGUUGUUUCAGUUAUGAAGCAAAUGUUGUUGGAUGAGAUGCUCCCAAGUCAUCAAGUCCAAAGAGAGCUGCAGGGAUCACUGUCAUCCAUGAGACAUACUUCUGAAAAGUUCUUCUCUGCUUCACACAUUGAAUGGAGGAUACUACACUGACUUCUCCCUAUUAUUAACCAAUGUCGGCAGGUUCUUCUGAAUUUUACACUCGUAUCUUCAGCGAGGACAUUACAAGCAAACAGCAAUGCCAGACCAAUGAAGAAGGAGCCUGGGCUUAG